UCCUCAUAGGGAAUGUCAGAAUAUGAUUUGUUGACGAUUUUACUUGAAGAAACAUCAAAUUUGAAUAGGACCGAAACGUUUGAGGGUCGAAUGUGAAUAGCAUUGUACCCCGGCCACAAAAUAUUUUAAUCGAGCUCGGUAUUUCACUACCCGAAACACAAAUCAGCUGGCUCGGUGAUCUAGGUAUGAAAGCAUUCCACUUAUAGCUUUAAGAUGCAGAUAAUUAAAUGUAUCUGUCAAUAUACAAAAUCUGUAAAAGGAACCUGGCUUGUAACCGUCAGAAAAAGGCUAGUUUCGACUCCGUUAUGUGGCAGAAGAUUCUAUCAUAACCAGUUUACAAGCGCUAGACGGACUGUAUCAAACACAGCGCUCAUUCUUGGCAUUGGAGGAGGGAUUGGUGUCGGUAUUAUAUAUACAUAUAAUUACACUGCUGAGUGCAAGACGUCUCCCCAGACAGAGGAGUCCGGAGGAGGAGGCAAACCAAGGGGGGUAACCCUGGAGGAGAUUGUAGACAAAGCACGAGAUGUUGUUCAGCGAGUUAAGGAUGAGACGGGGAGUCCAGGUUUGGUCAUUGGGGUCAGUGUGGAUGGACAAACAGUAUGGAGUGAAGGGUUAGGAUAUGCUGAUGUUGAAAACAGAGUCAGAAUGUGUCCAGAAACUGUUCUGAGGAUUGCCAGUAUCAGUAAGCCGAUUACUAUGGCAGCAAUUGCCAAGCAGUGGGAAACAGGAAAGCUAGAUCUAGACAAACCUGUGCAGUACUAUGUGCCCACAUUCCCAGAGAAGAGAGUCAACGAUGUUGCGGUCCAUUUAACAACACGCCACCUGGUGUCUCAGAUGGGAGGGAUUCGUCACUACCACAAGGAUUACUUCAGGAAAGAGGAGAAGAAAGAAGAAAAGGCAAAUUUAACUAAGAACAAGGACAAUGAAAAGAAAAAUAAACCGAGUAACUCAAGUGGUGAUAAUAGACCAGAGUCUGAACAGAGUGAAAUGGAGUUAGAGGAAUAUUACAUCACCCAAAAAUAUAACAGCGUGACGGAGAGUUUGUCCUUGUUCAAGGAUGAUCCACUGGUCCACAGCCCAGGUAGUAAGUUUUUGUACACAACCCAUGGCUGGACCUUAAUCAGUGCAGUUCUGGAAGCUGUUACAAAAGAACCAUUUGAAAAGCACAUCAUUAGAAUGGUGAAGGAACUUGGAAUGGAAAACACAUUUCUAGAUGAACACGCUCCUCUGAUUUAUCACAGAGGAAGGCAUUAUGUUAUGAACAAGAAAGGCCGGUUGUGCAACUCUCCCUAUGUUGACUUGUCCUAUAAGUGGGCCGGAGGAGGCCUGUUGUCCAACGUCCCUGACCUUCUGAAGUUUGGGAACGCCAUGUUGUACAGCUAUCAGUGUCCGAGUCCGUCCCCAAACCAAACCAGCAACAAGAAAUCCACUGAUGCAAGUCUCAGUCAGAACAGUUCCGUGAAAUCUGGUUUUCUAAAGAUGGAGACUAUGAAAUCCCUGUGGACACCAUUGUAUAAAUGUAGUGAAAAGGGUGAUGCUUAUUAUGGCAUGGGCUGGUAUGUAGAUGAAGAAAUUCAGAAAUACGGCCAGGGCAAACAGAGGAGAUUUAGUCCCUCCCACACCGGUGCUGCCGUGGGUGGAAGCAGUAUUCUCUUAAUUCUGCCACCUUCCACCAAAGCAGUGGAUGAUCCACCUAAAGGAGUGGUCGUGGUCAUAAUGGUGAACAUGGUAUCUGUAAGUCUGAGUCAGGCUGCAAAGGAAGUUGCAACCCUGUUUGAAAAGUUGUGAUUUAUACCAGACUGGGGUCAAAUAAAGAGUAACAUGUAUAUCAUAAAAAUCAGAAGUCUGUUUCUAGAGAGGGGAUGUAUCCAUUACUAAAUACAUGUCUGAACAGAAGUUUACAGGAUUAGGCAGAAUUUGAUCAUUCAGUAUUUCAAUAAUCAGCAGAUUGUUCUCAACAGAAGUUUUACAGGAUAAAGCAGAAUUAAAAAUUUGUAUCAUUCAGUAUUUCAAUAAACAGCAGAUUGUCCUCAACAAAUAAAGAACUUUACGUCUG